AUGGGUCUUGUUUGGGAUUUUGUUUUCUUUCUUCUGUCCAGUCCCACCACAGUUUUGGGAGCUGCUGGUCUCCUGUUUGCUUUUUAUAUUUUCUUUAUAAAGUUGAUCAAUAUUCAGAAGGGACAGGAGCCUCCAGGACCAAGACCUCUGCCACUUUUUGGAAACUUGUUGCAACUUGAUCUCAAGAAACCUCACCAAAGCUUGUAUGAGCUAUCAAAGAAACACGGGCCUAUUUUCACUGUUUACUUUGGAAUCAGGAAAGUGGUGGUCCUGGCUGGGUAUAAGACCAUCAAAGAGGCUCUGGUUAAUUAUGCAGAAGAGUUUGGAGACCGAGACAUAACCCCUAUAUUUGAGGAUUCAAAUCAAGGUCAUGGAAUAUUGUUUGCAAAUGGAGACUCGUGGAAAGAGAUGAGACGUUUUGCCCUUUCUACCCUGAGAGACUUUGGGAUGGGCAAAAGAAUUGCUGAGUCCAAAAUUUUAGAUGAGUGUGACCACCUGAUUGAGGUGUUGGAAAACCACCAAGGCAAUCCAUUUGAUACUGGACCUCCUCUGACUCAUGCCACAGCUAAUGUUAUAUCUUCCAUUGUGUAUGGAAGCAGAUUUGAAUACAACGAUUCUCGAUUCAAGAACCUGGUGGUUAGAGCCAAUCAGACAGUACAUCUCAUGGGUUCUCCAUCAAUUCUGCUUUACAACAUGUUUCCACGCUUGGUUAGUUUGGUAAAAAAUCGACACCUGAUAUUGAAAAAUGUGGAGAGGACUAUCAGUGAUGUGAAGGACUUAGUGAAACAUCUGGAAGAGACUCUGGUCCCUCACUCAUGCAGAGGACUGGUGGACUGUUUUCUCAUCCAGAAGCAGAAAAAUGAUGACUCUUGUGUUGGGGCAUCCCACUACACUGAGGAGAACCUGAUAUUCACAGUUAUCAGCUUAUUUGUUGCUGGUACUGACACUACAGCAGCUACACUGAGAUGGGCUCUACUUCUUGUGGCCAAAUAUCCACAGAUACAGGACAAAGUUCAGGAGGAACUGAGCAGGGUGGUGGGAAACCGUCAGGUGCGAGUGGACGAUCGGAAAAACCUGCCAUACACCGACGCCGUCAUCCAUGAGACACAGAGACUGGCCAACAUCGCCCCCAUGUCUCUUCCUCACAAAACCAGUCAAGACAUCACUUUCCAUGGAUUCUUCAUCAAAAAGGACACAAGUGUGUUUCCUCUCCUCACUUCUGUCCUGUAUGAUGAGAGUAAAUGGGAGAGCCCACACACGUUCAACCCCUCUCAUUUCCUGGAUACGGAGGGUAAAUUCAUUGCGAGGGAUGCUUUCCUGCCUUUUUCUGCAGGUCGCAGAGCGUGUCUUGGAGAGAGUCUGGCUAAGAUGGAGCUCUUCCUCUUCUUCACCUGCCUCCUCCAGCGUUUCCGUUUCACUCCUCCAGCUGGGGUUCUCCCCAGCGAAUUGGAUCUGACACCUGCUGUUGGUUUCACACUCAACCCUUUACCUCAUGAGCUUUGUGCUGUGAAUCGCCAGUGAUGAAAGAUC